CUGAUGCAGCCUCUCGAGGCAUGAAGGUUGGCUCUUUUUUUAAAGUCUUCCACCUGGAUCAGUGGGCCAGAAUUCCUCACAAAACCUGAGAUCCAAUGGCCAGCAGUGAUUAAAGAAUUACCUGUCCAUUUGGAAGCUGAUCCAGAGGUUAAAGAUCAAAUCCUGACAUGUGCAGCUGUGCUGGAAGAAGUGUGUCCCACCACCAAGCUGCUAAUGUACUUUUCCAGUUGGACAAAGCUAAAAAGAUGUGUAGCAUGGCUCCUGAAACUAAAAGAAAUGCUACAAACAAAGAAGUUGCUAAUUGCACACUGUGGAAAUCAAAUGUGUGAUAAACAGGACAAUAAAACAGAUGUUCAGCUCACAACUGAUGAUCUGUCCAAGGCAGAGGAAGCCAUAGUGAGAGUUGUGCAGAGAAAACAUUAUGGCAAUGAAAUGGCUGCUCUGAGCUCUGGUGCAGUGAAGAAGUCAAGUCAUCUGUACAAGCUUGACCCUGUUGUUAAUGAUGGUGUGUUGAGAGUGGGAGGCAGACUGAGCAAAGCAGCCUUACCUGAAGAAACAAAACAUCCUGCAAUAUUGCCUAAAGGAAGCCAUGUUUCAAAGCUCAUUCUUCAACAUAUCCAUGAAAAGGUUGGACACAGAGGAAGAAAUCACAUGCUUUCUACCCUUCGACGACAGUACUGGAUCCCUCAUGCUAAUUCAGCAACCAGAAAGAUCAUCAGAGACUGUAUGGUGUGUCAAAGGCAACGACAAAAGCCAGUUCACCUUGAGGUGGCACAUUCUCUUGAUACAGAUUCCUGCAUAAACGCCAUCAGGAGAUUAAUCUGCCGCAGAGGACAAGUCAAGGAAAUCCGGUCGGACAACGGAACCAACUUUGUCAGCUCAAAUCGUGAGUUGAAGCAAGCCAUGUUAGAGCUAAAGCAAAGUAAAAUCCAAAAAUGCUUAGCACAAGAUGGCAUAAAGUGGACUUUUAACCCUCCUUAUGGAGCCCAUCAUGGUGGUGUAUGGGAGCGCCUGGUGCAGGAAAUAAAGAAAAUACUGUGCUCCAUCACAAACCAGCAAGUACUAGAUGAUGAAGGCUUGCACACAGUUUUAUGUGAAGUGGAGGCUAUAUUAAAUGAUCGCCCGAUUACACCUUCUUCUGAAGAUCCCAAUGAUUUAGAGGCUCUUACUCCAAAUCAUUUGCUCCAGUUAAAAGGUAAGCCUGUGCUACCACCAGGUUUGUUCAAAAAGGAGGACCUGUACAUGCGGAGACGUUGGAGGCAAGCCCAAUACAUUGUGGACCUGUUCUGGAAACGGUGGGUGAAAGAAUAUCUCCCUAUGUUGCAAGAGCGACGGAAAUGGAACAAGACUCGCAGGAACUUUGCCAUUGAUGAUGUGGUGCUUGUUGUUGACGAGGCUGCACCAAGAAAUUCUUGGCCUAUUGGACGCAUCACAGAAACCAUGGCAGAUGCAAGUGGAUUGGUACGACGUGUGCGAGUAAAGACGAGAACAAAUGAGCUGGAGAAGCCGAUCAACAAGAUAUGUCUCCUGCUGGAGGCUGUGUAGAGACGACAGCAAAUGUUUGUCUCCAACUGAGCUAAGUUCUGGAACCUCUGGCUCUACAUUUACACUGAUACUCAUUUACUGACAUGCUGAACAUCUCAUUCUACUACAUACACUUUUAGACACACACAGACCAUGCACAUGGACAAGAGAAGAACGUGGAAGUCAUGGAACAUUGACUGUUUUUACCUUUUUUAAUUUUUCACUAAGAAGACAUAUGGACUUAAAAAAAAAAAAAAAA